CACGGUGAGUUGCAAGAGUACCCCGAGCAUGCCAGUGCAAACAAAGCGUUGCUCUUGGAUCGCAACAAGAAAAUUGCGACGCAAGUGGCGACGGCCGAGCAAUUGGCGAAGUUUGGGGAAAAGGAGAAGAAGCAACAGGUACAACAACUUCAAGGACAGACGCAGCAGCACAAGGAAAUCAAACAGAAUCAGAAUCACGUUGAAUCGGUAGGUCGAGCAGCUGCUGCAGGAGGUGUGGCAGGAGGAGAGAAAGCAACAACUGCUGCCCAGGUGGACGUACCUCAAGUUCAACAAAGCGUCGAUCUUUUGGGGGACGGGGAAACAGCAACAGAACAACGAGAGUCCACCUCUCAGGAACGCGACCGCGCAGGAACCAGCGGCUCUUUCACGAAAGAUUUGGAAAGGCAACUGUCCCUGAC